AUGCCAGUGGCCCUAUUUGAGGAUUCAGAGGCAGAACACUCUACUGCUGUUCCAGCGGCUGAGGAACAGGCAGGACAAUCUGUAUCAGAACCUGUGGACCAGGCUGUGGUGGUUCCAGAAGCUAGAGCAGAAGUGGAUGCCCCUGCUCCUGAAGUUAUCUCUUUCCAGGUAGAAGUGCCCAAAUCUGUUGGUGCCCUGUCAGUGGUCACUAGCCCCUUGAAGCCCCCAAUUGUUGUUAUGCCUAUUCAUUCCCUUCCAGGUUCAUCCGCCACGGCUUCCUUUGCUGACCCAGAACUGGUAGAGUUUGAAGCCCUGGACUUAGAUGCCCAACUAGACAGAUUGGAGAUGCUUAGCUCUCCUGAUCUGGACCCGCUGCACAGACAGAAUGUGGCCCCCAAACCCAUACUUGAGAUGAGUCUUGGCCUGGCAAGAGAUGUGCUCAACCUCCAUGAUCGUUAUGAGGAUCUCAAGCCCUCCUUCAAGACUUCUGAAUUCUGCAAGGCCACAAAUGAAGCCAACUUGGCUGAUUUUGCAAAGCAGAAGGCAGAACUGGAUCAGAUGGUGGCGGGCUAUAAGGAAGCAAAAGCUACUGCAAACAAAUUGGAGAAGCAGAUUGCAGAGCUUCAAAAGCAGCUGGCAAAGUGCAGGGAAGUGCAUAACAGGCUCGGGGCUGGACUGAGCUCCAAGACCAAGGCUACUUUCAUUGUGUAG